UAGAUGGCGCGUACUGUGUGGACCAGAAUCACCAGAUCAUCGCCACUGCACCGGCAUCUUCAACAAAGUUGUAGUUUCACUUCACUUCAUAGUUAGCGAUUGAACUAAACAUACAUAGGAUUGCGAAGGGCCAUUAAUUAUAAAGCCUCCGACCAACACCCCACGUUGGGCGUUUACUUACUCUUAAACAGAGCUGUUAUUGUUCAUUUGUUGCUUAUAUUAUCGCUCGCCGCUGAGCCUGACGCACCUUUAUCCAAAAAUGGCGACGAAGACAUAUGAGUUUGACUUUGCGGCCACGUGUGAGGGGUGUACAAAUGCAGCCAAAAGAGUUCUUGGUAAAAUCAAUGUAACUGAUGUCGAAGCUGAUAUUCCUAAGCAGAAGCUGUGGGUGACAACAGACUUGCCAAUGGGUCAGAUCCUCGAAACCAUCAAGAAAACGGGAAAGGCUACUUCGUUUGUCGGUGAAAAGAGUGCCUAAGCAUGUGCCUGCUGCGCCAAUUAAAGGAGGAACCAGCCAGAAAAAAUAACUCUAGUAAGAAUCUGAACAACGAAGACAACAAUGAGGCGAACACUAUAAUACGCCAUCGGAUCUUCAGAAUUAAAAGAUAAUUGACAAGCUGCUCAACAUACACGGCGUGCCGCACCUUGUAGACUUGCGCAC